AUGGUGGUUGAACUUAGCAAGCGGUUUGUGCUUGUUUGGCCGAAGCGCGACAAGCAUUUCGGAAGCAAGAUGGGUAUCGACAUCGCAAAGCACCACGUCAAGAAGGGCAACCGUACCGCCCCCAAGAGCGAGGACCCGUACCUGCUCUUGCUGGUCAAGCUCUACCGUUUUCUCGCCCGGCGCACGGAUUCCCCGUUCAACAAGACGCUCCUCCACCGUCUCUUCCUCUCCAAGACGAACCGUCCCCCCCUUUCCCUCUCUCGCAUCGUUAAGGAGACUGAGAGCGCGCCCGACCGGGAUGCCAAGAUCAUCGUCACUGUCGGCACCGUGACGGAUGAUGUCCGUCUUCUGGAAGUCCCGAAGCUCUCCAUCGCCGCCCUGCGGUUCACCCAAGCGGCCAAGGAGCGCAUCCUCAAGGCCGGUGGUGAGGUCUUGACCCUCGACCAGCUCGCUCUCCGCGCGCCUACCGGGUCGAACACCAUCCUGCUCCGCGGCAAGAGGAACUCUCGUGAGGCCGUUAAGCAUUUCGGCAUGGGUCCCCACAAGCACAAGAAGCCCCACACCCUAUCCAAGGGUCGCAAGUUCGAGCGUGGUCGUGGCCGGAGAAAAUCCCGCGGCUUCAAGGUAUAA